AUGGAAGUAACAAGGUCAGAAACAAAACCCGUAUGGAUUUAUGUGAUCUUCCGGAAAAACCAUUGUUCAGGUCACGAGAAAAUGACUGUGAAUAUAAGCCGCGACGGACCAGUCUUCUGGAAUCGCCAAGUCGCAUAUAUCUACUGCUGUUCUUGCCAUUUCGAAGAACAUGAGGGACCACUGAUGGCCAUACUGAACAAGUUUGAACAGAGGGUAGAGCGAAUGUGCAUAGUCGAUCGCCCAGUCGACUAUCCGUUUUUGCCCGAUUCAAUUUUCUCCUAUAUGGCUAAAUGUAUGCCGAAACUCCAGUUCAUCUACCUUCGUGAAUUAGACCUUGAAAAGAUUAACCGCGCCACAGUCGUAGAUUUGGCUAAUCACACCACACUCAAAAAGGUAAUCGUGCAUGGAUGUAGAAACUAUGAAGUGCUCGAAGACUUCCGAAAUCUUCCCCAGCUACUUGUUGUUCGAGGCGAAAUCGUCGGCUUAAAGGCAAUGAUUGGCGAUUUUGAUGAACAGCAAAAUAGCUCAUCUUCGCAGUCACUACCACAGUCAGCAGCUCAAUCUGUCUCGGAUAGUAGCGAGCAACCAGAAACGAUCAGUGUAGAGGUCGCGACAGGACCCUAA